AUGUCUAAAUCAAGUAGAUCGGAUUGUAAAGAAAGUGACUCUGAACCGCUGCCCAUUUAUCAUCACAAGUCCAAACUGGUUCGAGCUGUGAAAGACAGUGCAUUUUUAGUUGUGACUGGGGAGACUGGCUGCGGGAAAACCACACAGCUUCCCCAAUAUCUGUAUGAAGCAGGGUUUUGUAAGAAUGGUAAAAUUGGUAUCACUCAACCUCGCCGUGUUGCUGCCAUCACAGUGGCACAGAGGGUGGCCCACGAGAUGAGGCUCACUCUUGGAAAGGAAGUCGGUUAUCAGGUCCGCUUUGACGACUGCACAACCGAAGAAACAGAGGUGAAAUACAUGACAGACGGCUGCCUUCUCCGUGAGGUCCUGGCCGACCCGGCUCUUUCCCACUACAGUGUUAUAGUCCUGGAUGAGGUUCAUGAGCGCAGCCUCAACACAGAUAUUCUACUGGGUUUAUUAAAAAAAGUUUUCUCUAACCCUGAUAAAGCCAGUGAGGGGCGUCGAAGGACAUUUCCUGUCAAAUGUUCUUUUGGCUCAGCUGUCGGGCCUAAAGACACAGAGAGCUCUGGUUAUGUUAAAGAGGUGGUACGAGUUGCUCUUGAUGUACAUACCAGUGAAAUGGCUGGAGAUAUUCUCAUAUUUCUAACAGGACAGAAUGAGAUUGAGCGAGCUUGUGACAUUCUCUAUGAGAAAGCAGAGACAAUAGAUUAUCGUUUUGAUGUACACGACCAAACGGUAGAGGGCCUUCUUAUCUUGCCUCUUUAUGGUUCCAUGCCAACAGAUCAGCAAAGACAGAUUUUUCAGCCUUCCAGCCGAGGAAUCAGGAAAUGUGUUGUAGCCACAAAUAUUGCUGCAACAUCUUUGACCAUUACUGGCAUCAAAUAUAUUAUUGACAGUGGAUUCGUAAAGCAACUUAAUCACAACUCAAGAAUUGGCCUGGACAUUCUGGAAGUGGUGCCCAUCUCAAAGAGUGAAGCGCAGCAGAGAGCAGGCCGUGCUGGAAGGACCUCAGCGGGAAAAUGCUUUCGAAUCUACAACAACGAUUUCUGGGAAAAAUGUAUGCCUGAAUACACCGUCCCAGAGAUUCAGAGAACCAGCCUCACCGGAGUCGUUCUCACACUGAAAUGCCUUGGUGUCCAUGAUGUCAUUCGAUUCCCUUACUUGGACAGCCCAGAGGAAAGGUUUAUUCUUGAGGCACUGAAACAGCUUUACCAGUUUGACGCAAUCGACAGGAGAGGGAAGGUGACGAAGCUUGGAGAGUUGAUGGUGGAGUUCCCUCUUCAUCCUGGUCUGACCAGGGCCGUUCUGAAAGCCGCCUCUUACAGAUGCCCAGAUCUGAUGCUGCCUGUGGCUGCCAUGCUCUCAGUGGAGAACAUCUUCAUUCGACCAGGUCAUUCUCAAAAACAGAAAGAAGCAGAUGAGAGACACCGGGCACUGGCUUCAAAAAGUGGUGGCAUGAAUGAUUUUGCCACACUUUUGAGUAUAUUCCACUUCUGCAAGUCCAGUGAAAAGCCAGCUGCCUGGUGCAAGGAAAACUGGAUCCACUGGAGGGCGCUGAAGUCCGCCUUCAGUGUGGAGACUCAGCUGGGAGAAAUCCUCUACAGACUGCAGCAGCGGAGUGAUUUUCCAUUUGAAUCAUUUGAUGGUAACGAAAAAAACAAACUAAGACUAUGUUUGUGUGCAGGGUAUUUCACAAAUGUUGCCAGAAGGUCUAUUGGAAAGGCAUUUUGUACAAUGGACGGCCAUGGCUCUAUGGUUCAUAUUCAUCCUUCCUCAGCUCUGUUUGAAAAUGAGAAGGAUUUUGACUGGGUGAUGUUUAAUGAUGUAUUGGUGACCUCUAAAGUGUACAUCAGGACAGUGUGCCCAAUCCGAUACGAGUGGGUCAAGGACUUACUGCCAAAGCUUCACGAGGUUGACGUCUAUGAACUGAGCAAUGUGGCCCGAGAAGAGGUCACUGAAGAAGAAAUGGCAAAAUGGGAAAAUAAGGAGGCAGCAAAAAGACGACAAGAGGCGUCGGCAGAAGAAGCCAUGAAAAAACUGGAGAAACGAAAUGAUGAGGCCAGUGUCAGUGAUGCUCGCGCUCGAUACCUCCAGCGAAAACAACAACAAAAACAGAUUCAUUAG